GUAGAAAGUUAUAUUUUCAACAAGAGCCAGGGUUUGAGGAUGGCAACUCAGUGUUUGACCAGAAUGCUGUCAGCCAAACUUUACAAGGAUGGAAAUCUUCCUGAAGUUCUGCACAAAUCAACCAACUUCUUAUGUAUAAGCAAAGGUUAUGAUAUAAAAAUUAACUAUGAUGACCCUACUGAGUUAACAGUAGAACAUCAACUGAGAAAAAUGUUUCCAGAGCUUGUUGAUCCCUCAGUAGCUCAUAGCUUCAGGUAUGUUCAUCGUCUAGAUUUUGCUACAAGUGGAAUAUUGUGUCUGGCUUUGAACAGAAAUGCAGCAAAACAUUUGUCUCACCAGUUCAAGAAUAAACAAGUGCUGAAAUAUUACCUUGCUCUUGUGAGGGGUCAUGUAGAAGAUGAUAUUGUAUUUAUUGAUGUACCAACUGGUGAUUUAGAGGACAAAGAAUGGCCAGGAAGGAGGUGUGUAUCUAGUCACCCAGCUUGUAAAGAUCCAAAGAUUACACACACACUAGUGAUUGCACUAGAGAAAGGUCUGUUUGAUGGUUCACCAGCAACAAAAGUUGUUCUUAAACCAAUUACAGGUAAGCAGCAUCAAUUAAGAGUACACUGUGAUUAUAUAGGUAACACUAUAGUUGGUGACUAUACCUACAGUUUAAGACAGGAUACAUCACCAGAUAGAAUGAUGCUACAUUCAUAUAGACUAUCUACAAGUAUGCCUAUAGAAGACUUAGAUCUCAUCUCCCAGGAUCCAUUCACUCCAGACUGUAUUAAGGAAUGGUCACCUAGAGAAAUUAUAAGGACAUACGAGGAAGCUGAAAGACUAGGAAACAUGUUUGAUCCUCAUUCUAGUGAUGUUAAAAAAGUGGAAAUAAAAGAAGUGACUUAAUUGA